AAACAAACGGAACAUGACCGAAAACAAAAAAGUAGAAACAGAAAAGAUGCUGUGAUUCCACUAUAAAAUGAAAAGCACAUAAAAUAUUAGUGAAAAGAAAAAAAAAAAAAAAAAAAAGGUCAUCUCCGUCACCCCCUCAGCCACCGAUCAACCGGUUAUCCCCACUGCAGCCUUUUGGUUUUCAUUAUGAAGGCACUCAUCCUUGUAGGAGGUUUUGGAACAAGGCUGCGGCCACUGACCCUCAGCGUGCCAAAGCCCCUAGUUGACUUUGCUAACAAGCCCAUGAUACUCCAUCAGAUUGAAGCACUAAAAGCUAUCGGAGUGACUGAAGUAGUUUUGGCAAUUAACUACCAACCAAAGAUAAUGCAAAACUUCCUGAAAGAGUUUGAAAAAAGGUUAGAUAUCAAGAUCACUUGCUCGCAAGAGACGGAGCCUUUGGGCACAGCAGGUCCACUGGCUUUAGCUCGUGAUAUUUUGAGAGAUGACUCUGGUGAACCCUUUUUCGUCCUUAAUAGUGAUGUUAUAUGUGACUACCCGUUGAAAGAAAUGAUUGAGUUUCACAAGUCCCAUGGCGGGGAAGCUUCCAUUAUGGUUACGAAGGUUGAUGAACCAUCAAAAUAUGGUGUAGUUGUCAUGGAAGAAGCGACAGGGAGAGUCGAAAAGUUUGUAGAAAAACCGAAAGUGUUCGUAGGUAACAAGAUCAAUGCUGGAAUUUACUUGUUGAAUCCAUCUGUUUUGGAUCGGAUUCAGUUGAGGCCCACCUCGAUUGAGAAGGAAGUCUUCCCGAGCAUCGCAGCAGAGAAGAAGCUCCAUGCCAUGGUCUUACCUGGCUUUUGGAUGGACAUUGGUCAGCCGAGGGAUUACAUUACAGGCUUGAGGUUAUACCUCAAUUCCUUGAGGAAAAAAUCCUCACCUGAUUUGGCUGUUGGGCACCUCAUUCUUGGAAAUGUAUUAAUAGACGAGAGUGCUGUAAUAGGAGAUGGAUGUCUUAUUGGUCCAGAUGUGGCUAUUGGACCUGGAUGCGUUAUUGAAUCAGGAGUUAGGCUUUCAUGUUGUAGUAUAAUGCGUGGUGUACGGAUUAAGAAGCAUGCUUGCAUCUCGAGUAGCAUUGUUGGAUGGCACUCGACUGUUGGGCGGUGGGCUCGGGUAGAGAACAUGACGAUAUUGGGAGAAGAUGUUCAUGUUGGCGAUGAAGUCUAUAGCAAUGGAGGUGUUGUUCUACCCCAUAAAGAGAUUAAAUCCAGCAUUCUGAAGCCAGAGAUUGUUAUGUGAUAAAAUUGAUUGUAUGAUGUGGUACUUCCUCGAAACAGUAAUCUCUGUUGUUCCAGAGUGUGUUAUUUGAUUUCCAGUUAUCUUGUCAUUUCAAUCAUCAGAAAUGUGCAAGUUGUAAACUGAAGUCUCUGUUUCUUUGAACUAAUGAAGAACGCUGGUCUGUUCAAGGUUU